AUGAUGCAAGCGUCGACGAUUUGUGCAGGCGAUGACUUGGGAAUAACGGGAAGGCAUUGCUUCGGAUCCCCUGUGAUGUUACAGUCCAACCGGUCAGUUAGUCAUGCUGCCCUGCGUUUUGCUUUUGAAAGAUUGGCACACACCUGCCAACACGACGGUCACUCCACCGAACCGAGCUGUUGAGGAUCUGCCACGGGAUGGUGAGCCGCAAUUCACGCAAUCAGAGCCUGUUUUCUUGCGUGAUUCGUUACAACUAUCAGUAUUCUUGCUGUUGUCGACUCCAUCGUAAGAGCGCAAUGCGAACCGAAAUAGCUGGGAUGGAGUCGGAUUUGCAGCAUAAGAACCAGGCAUUCCGUAACAAACGGGAUGGGUUGAAAAUCUACCCACGAGAGACCAUAGAUAAGAAAGUAAAGGAAAGAACACAAGGCUGUUUUUGUAUUUAUUUAUUUUGUAGGGUGGGUGGGAGGAGACGAAGAUAG